GAUGUGGGCGUAGACACCAGAACAGAUGACUACACAAAUAUUGGAGGAGAAGCUUUACUAGUCUGCCUCUUAUAAGUUAGAAAAAUAGUUUAAAAUUAGCUCAGUUUCACAUUUCCUUUCCGAUAGUGAAUUGUAGCUGGGAUGCUGUGUCAGAAUGGGAAAUCUUUUUGGCAAAAAGAAACACACCCGAGUGACAGAACAAGACAAAGCAAUUUUGCAACUGAAACAGCAAAGAGAUAAGCUGAGGCAGUAUCAGAAGAGGAUUAACCUGCAGCUGGAGAAGGAGAGACUUUUAGCCAAGCAGCUGCUGAAAAAUGGCAAAAAAGAGAAAGCACUCCUCUUGCUGAAAAAGAAGCGUUACCAGGAUAAGCUUCUAGACAAGACAGAGAACCAGAUCGGAAACCUGGAGCGCAUGGUUCAAGACCUGGAGUUCGUCCAGAUUGAAACUAAAGUCAUUCAAGGGUUGAAAGUUGGAAAUGAAUGUCUGAAAAAAAUGCACGAGGUGAUGUCUGUUGAAGAAGUAGAGCGGAUUAUGGAUGAAACGGAAGACGCCAUAGAAUACCAAAGGCAAAUAGACGACAUGCUGGCCGGCUCGUUUUCACAAGAAGAUGAAGAUGCUGUACUGGCUGAGCUGGAGGCCAUAACUCAGGGAGACGUCGAGCUUCCAGAGGUUCCCGAAGACGAGCUUCCAGAAGUCCCAGAGGCCACAGAGGAGAAACCAGAGCGGGAUCGUCCCAGAAAGAAGCCAGAGCGAGAGAUGCUCGCUGCAUAGGAACGUGACCGACCUGCUGCUGCUGGGUCUCCUCCACAACACUCAACUUCCAUAUUAACCCACAGCCACACAGACAUCUGCUGGAGAACGCUCUCUCUCUCUCCUCCAGAGGCCUGUGAUGAAGUGACAGCAGCCUCUCUCAGAUACUGAGCUUCCUCUAUAAUAUCUCCCAGCCGCCGUUUGUCCUCCGGCUGCUGAACGUCGACACAUGAAGGCAGCCGGGACCGGUUCACUGGAGAAACGCUGAUUUGAACCGUGAAGACCUGUGAGAUCAGAUAACUGUGCCUAACCUUUGUUUGAUUAGUCAAUCACUUUGCAUACGAUGACUUCACUUAAUUUGCAUGUGUUCUUAUAAUUCAUCAAAUGCUCUCUUAGUCUAUAAAGGAUCAAUUCACCCAAAUUACUCAAAGGCCUUUGACAUAUCCUUCUUUGAGAUUUCUGCUGUAAAAUGAAGGUGAGCGGAAUUUAAUUUCUGACACUCAAGAAAUUGAAAAAUGACUUCUUAUUUUUUUACUCAGCAGCAACACGUCUUUCCAGAAAACAGAGAGCAUGCUGGGAACAGUUUUUAUUGGGACUACUUUCUAUCAAAGAAAUACUCUCUUCGAAUGAUGGAGAUCUGAAAAUCCAACUGAAAUUAAAGUCCUUUGUUGGUCUUCUACAUCGUACAUGUCUGCUCUGUAAAUCGAUUAAGACACAAUCGGAAACCAAAAGUGAGAAAUGUAUAUUUCAUACAUAUAUUGUUUGGUUUCAUGAUGACGCCACCGAACUCUGCAACCAUUUGUCAGAAUGCUGUUAGUAGUAGACAUUUAUUUUCUCGCUUUUAUUGAAAAAAAUAGAAACUUAGACAAUGUAUUUUUAUUUAUUUUUUAACGUAAAAUUAUUUUUAACUGCAAAAAGGAACAACGUGUGAUUUCAGUUGGAUUUUAAAAUCUGGGCAAUAAAACCAAAACUCUGCAUUGCUAUACAGCAGUAGGACCAUUUUAAGGCAGACGCAACAAAUACAAAACGCCUGCUCUGUAGUAUUAUCUCCUCCGCCUCAGUCGACCCACCUGGAAGUUUUCCUAAAGUACCGGAACAUUUGCAUAAGCAUCUGUUUCACUUAUUCCUCCCUCAGCCUGACCCCCUUUCAAGCAGCUUAACUAAUCUAAUUCUCUGCUCCCCUUGUGGAUUAGUUCAGUGUCAUUGGAGAAAGGGCUAAUCACAUCGUCUGUGGGUUUACCUGUGAAGCCCAGACAACAGUUGUUAAUCUCUUCAAAGUAAUAAAUUGACAGAACCACCAUCUAUACCCACUGAAGUAUUAUCAUUGCAGGGGCCUGUAAUUAUGUUACUGUGCCCAGAUUCACUUGUAUAGGAAUGUGUUAAACUGCAGCAAGAAAGAUGGCCUACAUUAGUAAAGGUUAAGCUUGUGAAGAUUCAUCAAACUAAUCUGUAAAUCAUUUAAUCUGACAAACAAAACACUGAUGACUAAUACUGUCCCAUGCAGCCGUCAUUUCAUCAGCAGCACCACACCGGUCGUUGUACCUCUCUCUCUCUCUGUACAUUCUUUUUACAAUAAAAGUGUUUUUUAUUGUCA